AUGGCGAUCCUAAACACUCUCAAGACCGCCAUCGGGGCCGCGGCCCCCAAAACCGUCGAGGCGACCGUGGUGCCGUCCGACCCGGCCGGCCCCCAGUCCCCCUCCGCCACGGAGAAGGCCGUGCCCGCCGCGCGCGACGACGCCAUCCGGCCCGCCGACGACGACGGCCCCAUCGACAUCGAGCUCGAGAAGGAGGCGGCCCCCGCCCACAACGCCCAACUCGGU